AUUUUCCUUUGACCUAGUUUCCCUUAUUGUCUUGAUCAUGUUAUUCAGUUCACCUGUGUCCCAUUAAUUGAGUUAUUAAUCCCUCUCUUGCUUUUGUAUUUAUACUCCCUGUUCUGUUCAGUCCUUUGCCGUUAUUGUUUCGCUGGUUGCUAUGUUUUGUGUUGUGCUACCCCUUGCUCCUGGAUUCCUUGUGUUUAUUCUGUGGAUUUAUUAUUAAAAGACUGUUUCUUGGACUACCCCUUCGUCGUGCACUUGAAUCAGCAGAGCACCGUAACAGAAUAACCGGCCUAAGUAAGUUUUUCUGCGUUUCCCUUUUCUUUUAUUCCUUCCCCUGCUAUGGAUAACCCUGCUGUCAAGCUCAUUUGACUGGAGAAAGAGGAUCGCUCCCUCGAAGACCACAUGAGGGACUUCUUUAGAUCUUGCCUACCUAACACAUUACCCGGACAGCUGCCUAUGCAUGUUUUAUUAUGUGGGACUGAACACCGCCACAAAGGCUAAGCUGUCUGGGAAAGGUCCCCGAGGGAGCUUCGCCACUUUCAUGAAGUGGAUGCUGGAGAAUAACGGAUCGCAAUUCACUGUCUGGCCCGCUGAGGAGAACAUCUGCAGCCCCACCCCCGAACCAGAGACCAGCCAGCCAUCAUCCCACUGCACGGAGCAAUCAUCUGAGCCCACCGCAGAUGGAGAGCCUGAGCCUGCCGCGACACGAGAGCCAGCGUCAGAACCACCGACAGAGCCAAUCAUGGCCUUAGAGCCUGAGCCUCAAGACCCGUCUGACAAGGUGUGUGAGCCGGAAACUUUGCCCGUCCCUGAAGGAGUACUAUUGGAGAUCGAGGGCUUGGAGGGAAGCCCCACCCACACUCCCGCUGCUGAGGCCUGUUCCUCAGCCCUGUCUCCGCUGGUUCCUGUCAGUCCCUCAACUCACCCUCAGUCAGCGCCAUCCGGACAUUCUGAUCUGCCUCGGGCCUUCAGUCUCCAGCUCCGCCUAGGCGUGAGGAUCCCUCUUCUCUGCCUCUAGUCUUCAAGCCCUGGACUCCACCUCUGUCCUCCCACCCAUCGGCUCUGCCUUGGCUAUUAUCAAAAGUAUUGGAGAAAGCUGUUUUAAAUCAGUUAUCACCUUACUUAAUUGAAAAUAAUAUAUUGGAUCCUUUUCAGUCUGGUUUUAGAUUCAAGCAUAGCACUGAAUCGGCCUUGUUAAGAGUGGUAAACGACUUGCUAUUAUUUGUGGAUUCUGGAAAUUGUGCAGUUUUACUGUUGGAUUUAAGUGCGGCGUUCGAUACAGUAGAUCCCUGUAUUCUUUUAAACAGGUUAAAAACCAAGGUUGGUAUUUGUGAUUCGGCCUUAGAUUGAUUUAAAUCUUAUUUUACUGCGAGGUGUUUCUCUUUGGAGAUAGGUCAGUCUUAUUCAUCACCUGCCUCUGUUACUGGCAGGGUGCCGCAGGGCUCCAUCUUGGGCCCAAUUUUGUUUGUUUUAUAUAUGCUCCCUCUUCGUUACAUUUUUAAGUUUCACAAGGUCCUAUAUCACAUUUAUGCGGAUGAUAACCAGUUGUAUAUGUCAAUUAAACCUGGGUCAAAGUCC